AUGACCGAAAAUCCAGAGUUUGAAAAAUCACUCAGCGUGUUGCGUACGUGUCUGUUCGUUGUUGGAGUUGACAUCUUUGGAGACGAUUGGCGACCAAAUAUUUGGAGCUAUACGACGAUUUUGAUUUUGGUGUCGUACCCCAUGAUGGCCGUUCAUUUCAUCAUGCAUCACGUCGACUCAACCGAAUUUUUAACAGAAAGUGUUUCAGCAGCCAUAUCGAUUGCCGAUAUGGCAUUUUCAGUUCUGGAGUUUAUUCGCAAUCGCAAGGAAUGGUUCGGAAUAAUCAAAAGUACACAGGAAUGUGCCUUGUUGUUUGAUGGAAAAAAGUUUACACAACUCUUUUACGAAUAUUUCCAUCGAAAUUACGUGUUUGUUAAUAUUUACUACAGCGUAUGUGCGAUAACUGCCUCGGUUUAUGCCAUUAUUUCUUUCAUGCGACCAGAUCCCCGUAAAUUUGGGUUACCUUUACCUUUGAUCUUCCCAUUUAUGGAUGCACAAUCGGAACUGUUUCAUUCUCUGAAUGUCAUCUAUCAGUAUGGGAUAAUUAUAUUUUCGGCUCAUAUUGCUGUAGCUCAAUUUGCUGCUAUUAUUGUUGGCAUCACUGCCGCAUGUUGUCAGCUUGAUGCGUUUAAAAUCACGAUUAGGAAUUUCAACAGUCUGAUUGCCGAGCCAGAUACAACGCAGGAAAGCUUGAAAACCGCAUUGAUCGAAAUCGUACGUCUGCAUGCCGUCAUUCGAGCGUAUAUCUCGAGAAUCCAGCGCAAAUUUGCCAUCAUGUACCUGGCAAUGAUCUUCACCUGUGGUAUCGUUGUGGCCAUGUGUCUCAAUGUGGCAGCUGGCAACAUUGUUUCCUCGAGCUCCUGCCUAAUGUUGGUCGCGUUUGCAAGCAUUAUGAUAAAUUGCUAUUGUGGCAUCUAUCUUAUUGCCGUGAACGAAGAUCUUGUGGCCACUAUUUACGAUAUUGACUGGUACGAGCUAUCCGUUCCCAAUAGGAAGUUGUUUAAGUUUUUUCUUGCAAAUGCGCAGACUCCCGCUGCUCUGCACGGAUACUUGAUGCCACUGAAUAUGGCCACUUUCGUCAAGGUCAGUAAACAAAGCCAGUAUAACGUCAAGCUCUCUUCAAAAGUUUUCAUCCAUAGGUUAUGA